UGUGUGUGUGAGUAUGAGGGGAGGGACACUGGCAGGGCUGAGCUGAGGAAACACAGAUGGGAAGUUUUCCAAUACUUGGACAGGUCUAACUUGUUGUGCAUGGCUUCAGUCACAGUCACCUCGUCUAGACGAAGUGGGAGCUUUUAUGUUCCACAUUGUGUCAUGAUAUGAAACGAGGACAUGCCGAGAUUUGGCACCACGUAGCAGAACUUGUACAAUUUCCUAAAAUGUGAUGGAUCCUCCUCAAAGGCAAAAUGGAUCAAUCCAGAGGCAAGAUGCAAGCGACUCUGACUUCCCCUCGCCACUUGCUGAGGAAACGCACAUUUAUGAGUACCUUGAAAUCUUUCCAGAACAUAAUGAAACACAUUUGUAUGAGACCACCUUGGAUGGGCUCAUACCCCGAACUGAAUCUCAACCCAAACCUCCAAACCAUCUCCAGGAUCAAGGGGGAGGACACCCUGGGAGUACAGACCAUCAAAGCACAAACGGGUUUCGUCCUGUUCGUGCGCCCCCCCCUCCACCCAGAAACAGGCUUCCCAGCGCAUGUUUGCUAGGAAGACAAGACCAAGGACCCCCUCCUGUUCCCCCGAGGCCAAGAGGCCUCAGCCAAAAGCUCUUUUCCUGUGACCUCACUGAGCCUACUCAGAAACUGAAUCGUUCCAAGACAGAAAUAGAAGAUCAUGACCCAUUCAGCAUCAAACUAAUAGACACUCCACAAGGCAGCACCAAGAGUCUGGCUUCUUUUUGUGCUGAAACUUCCAGGUUACAGUCCAAGUACAAGCACACAGACAGCAUUCAUAACUCAGGUUUGGUAUGGGGUCGAUUGUUGCAAAUCCAUCCUGCCCUGCUGCAGCAGGUGGAGGUGAUUGUCAGUGUAGCCAGUGAAUGGGGCAGUCAACAGCUUCCCAUCCCCACAGCAGUGAACAGGACAGUGAAGAGUCUGAUUGAUGAAAUCUUGCAGCUGCUGGACCUCUCUCCCAGCACGAGUGGGAAUUAUGUUUUAAAACUGUGCAACUCUGAGGAGUACCUCCGAAAUGAAGAGCUGCUGGGUAUGCACGAGACUGUUCAGAUGUACUACAAGUGUGAACAAGAAGUGCCCCUCCGACUGCUCAGCUUGAACAACAUCAAACGCUGUCUGGCCAGAGAUGGGGAGGAUGAUGGAAACUCGUGUCAGCUGUACAAGCUCCUGCGUCCCGUUGGCGUCUUCAACACCUGCAAGCUGAGUCUCCAUGAGGUUCUCAAUAGCUACAACAGGGAGAUGACUGAGCUGAGGAGAAGUAAGACUGGGAUGAACGUUAAUGUGGUCGUGGACUGCGUUCGCCUCAUCACCAGUCUUCUGUGUGGGUUGUCGUCUAAGGAGCUGGAGGACUCUAUUGGCAGACUUAACCGAAUCAAACCCAUACCUCUGAGUCAUGAUGAGAACUCUGAGUGUGAAACUGCCAUGAUCAUGCUCCACAGUGCACUGCUCAAAGUGCUGGAGAUCUUUUUUGACAACUUCCAGUCAGACUUCAGAGGUCAGGAGGUGACCAGCAAACCCCAAACUCUUGACGUGGAGGACAACACUGAAAUCUUCCAGUUCAACAUCGCAGCUCUGUACCAACUACAGCCCUCCUGGAUGACCAACUAUGAGAGCUUCUCCGUUUCCUGUGAGUUGACUUUUGGCGCAACAAAGUUAUGUGACACCGGCAUUUCUGAAAAUAUCAGCACUGCCUUGACAUACGCAAAUAAGAUCCAGUGUAACCGCAUGAUGGUGUUCCCUGUUCAAGUCAAUAAGCUCCCAUAUGAGUGCAUGCUGACAUUUUGCCUCAAGGGCUCCAAACGUGGCAAGAACCCUGAGCUUUUAGGCUGGGCUGUGCUGCCUCUUUACAGGGGCAGGACUCUGGUGAUGGGGACUAUUCUGCUCAGUAUGUCCACGCUGGCUGAACUGCCUGUUCCUCCCUCUCCUGCCCUGUUUGACAGCCACAGAAAGCCUGUGGGGGUCAUACUGCAGCUCGAGUUUCUGAGUCAGUUUGAGUGGAAGUAUCGAAGGCCCAUCGGGCUCCCGGAUUCAGCCAUAUUUACUCAGCCUUGUGAGGAUUUGCAAAAGAAAAUGUUGGAUGUUUCUAAGAAGCACUGCCUCUGCUUUCUGACAGAAAACGAGAAAGCUUUCCUCUGGAGUAAGCGUCACUGUAGUGACAAAGGAAGUACUUUUCUCCACCUGCUGUUGGGUGGAGUCCCCCAGUGGCAGCCUGAAGAUUUGACAGAAAUCUACACUGUUGUAGAGAACUGGCUCAUUUAUCUACCUGAGGAGGCACUCUUCCUGCUCAGUAACAGCUUUCAUGAUCAGACUGUGCGCAGGGCUGCAGUUCGCUACUUUGAACAGAUUCCAGAUGGAGAGCUAGAGUGUUUUUUGCCACAGCUGGUCCAGGCUCUGAAGAGCGAGUGGGAGCUGGAUGGACCUCUGGUGAUGCUGCUGUUGGAGAGAUCGCUGAAGAGCAUACAGAUUGCCCAGCAACUCUACUGGAUGCUGGAGGAUGCCCAGAAUGACCCCUACUACCAGAGCUGGUUCAGCAAGGUUCAAGCUGCGCUGAAGCACUGUUGUGGCAGGGCACUGAGGCAGGAGCUGGAGCAUGAAACCCGCCUGAUGUCAGUGCUUGUACAGGUGGCCAAGAAGAUUCGCACUGCUGACAAGUCUCAGCGUCAGAAAGUUUUGAAGAAAGAAAAGUCAGCGAUUUUUCACUUCUUCAGAGAUGGUAUCGACUGCUGUCUGCCACUGGAUCCUGCAAUUCGCGUCAAGGCACUGGAUGUGAAUGCCUGUAAGUUCUACAGCUCCAAUGCUGCUCCUCUGGAGAUCUCACUGAUCUGCUCUGACCCUUUGGCCAAGAAAGUCAGUGUCAUCUGCAAGACAGGAGAUAACCUGCGUCAGGACAUGCUGGUACUUCAGAUAGUCCGUAUGAUGGACAGGGUUUGGCUCCAGGAGGGUCUGGACCUGAAAAUGAUCACCUACAAGUGUCUUUCCACAGGCAGAGAUCAGGGCCUGGUGGAAGUGAUUCCAGAGGCAGUGACCCUAAGGCAGAUUCAGCAGGAGUGGGGUCUUGGUGGCACCUUUCGAGAAGACACACUAGAGAAAUGGUUCCACAUGUGGAACAAAACUAAAGAAGGCUACGAGAAGGCUGUGAUGAACUUCAUCCACUCGUGUGCAGGCUGGUGUGUGGCCACUUUCAUCCUGGGUAUCUGUGACCGUCACAAUGACAAUAUCAUGCUGAAACACAGCGGACACAUGUUUCACAUCGAUUUUGGCAAGAUUAUGGGCAACGCACAGAAGUUUGGAGCCUUGAAAAGGGACCGAUCACCAUUCAUCUUUACAUCUGAGAUGCAACACUUCAUCACAGGCGGGGGGAAGAAGCCUCAGCGCUUGCAUCGCUUUGUGGAGCUCUGCUGUGAAGCUUACAACAUAAUCAGGCAGCGCUCAGCACUGAUACUCAGCUUGUUGGAGCUCAUGCUAAAUGCAGGAAUGCCAGAACUGAAGGACUCUAAUGACCUGCAGUAUGUCCAGAACAACCUCAGACCUUCUGACACGGACCUGGAGGCCACAUCCUACUUUACAAAGAAGAUCAAAGAAAGCAUAGGCUGUGUUGCAGUCAAGAUUAACUUCCUGACGCACAGCAUGGCUCAAGGGAAGAACCAGGGACCACUAACCCGGAACGGCAUCCCCGCUCCCAGCACCAACAUCCAAGAAGCUGUCAUCCAGAGAUACACCGUCAAGGGAAAAGAUGUGAUCUAUGACCUGAAAAUAACCAUUGAUGAUGGUUUCCUGAACAUUGAGAAGACAUUUGGGCAGUUUGAGUUGAUCCAUAAGCAGCUACAGAAACACUUUAUUGAAUCAAUGGUGCCUCAGUUUCCUGGCUGGUAUAAGAUGUCAUUCACCCCCAGCAAGAGGAUGUCUCUGCUGAACAAAUACCUAAGACAGCUUUUUGAGGGACCAUGCAAGGGAAAUGAAUUUGUGUGCAGCUUGUUCCUGGAUGGCCCCAACAUAGCUCAGGAUAGUGUGGUGACAGGAGCCCGUCCCCAGGUCCAGCUCUACAUUUCUUACUCUGACUGUAAGCUCUCAGUCUUAGUAAAACACCUGAAGAAUAUUAAGCAGGGAAACAGGUCUAACCCGGAUGCCUACGUGGUCAUGCGUCUAAGACCAGACCCUCAACAGCGCUCCAAAAAGAAGACAAAGGUGGUUCGCAAUAAUGACAACCCCAUCUUCAAUGAACUGCUGGAGUACAAUAACGUCCCGCUGCUGUAUGGGAUGGUGCUUGAAGUGACAGUGAAGAGCAGAAAGACUUUUGUGGCAGCAACCAACAUUAAACUGGAGAAGGAGCUGCUUGACAAGGAGACCUGGUUUCCCCUCGGGAACUGUGCAAUCUAAGAGAGCCGCACUGUAGGCCUGCUGCCAGCAGAGGGUAUAACCACACUGAGGGAAAAAAAACUAAUCCAAAGAUUUCUCAGAUUUCUCAGAGUGAGUGAGACAAAUUCACCUGGGCAGAGGAACUGUGCACAUUUAUACCCAUUUAUCAGAUGUAAAAUUAACCUCAAUUCAGUGCUGGCAGUGGAUAAACUAUUUGGAUGAAGUUACAAGGCUGAGGAAAACUCAGGCAAGGAGACUGUUUACUAUGUGAAGCACCAUUUAUCAAUUUUUUUUUGUGGAUAUUUUUUUAAAAAUAUUUUUAUCCUUUGAGGGCCUUUUAUUAGCCUGAUUUUUGGAUGUGGCCUUGAUGAUGAAUGAAGGAAAAAAAAGAUAUUCCUUGUAUCAUCAAACUUGCACUUUCAUCUCUACUAUGACUUAGUUUUCCUCUCCAUGAGUCAAAACUGUCCUUGUAAAUGUGUGUGGUCGAGACAGUUGACGCGACAGAUUUAAGAGGAGGUGAUGCAGCGUUGUUAGGUGCUGCCUGUCUGAUACCUGCCCAGACAGAGUGUGUUUGUCCCUUUGGGCUGUGUCAACUGGACGUCCUUGACCAGUGAAAUUGGAGGCAGGAGGUGGGGGGUGGGGGGUGGGGUGAUGGGGCCACGGCGAGUGUGUGAGUAGGAUGACAACUCUGCCUCUUUGGCCUGAGGGCCUGAGUUAACACUCUCCCCCUCACUCCAACCUUUGUCUUAUCCGUCAGUGGCAUUCAGACACAGUUAUGCACAUGCAUGCACAAACGUGCAAAGGCAGAUGCUCACAUGCCCACACACUCACUCACUCUCUUUCUAAGGCUGAGGCAGGUCUUCAUGUUAUCUUAAUGCUAUCUUCCUCCUGACGGGUCCGCUGACUCGUACCCUCCUCCGCCUCAUUCACAGGACUUGGUGAUGAACGAGGAUAGAAAUAGACCUCUCUGCACUGGAUUUGAUUCAAUAAUGUAUACCUCUGUGAAUGCUAUUUAUAUUAUUCCCCGCUGGGUCUCUCACAGUAAGUGAGGCUUGGAAGAGAAUGCUGGCUGCUACUCUUUCAUAGUAGUGUUCAUGGAGUAUUAAUGUAUCCUGGCAUCACACAUCAGCUUUAGAUCUAAUAGGAGAAUUGUAUUUAUUGUUUUGGAAUAGAUGAGGAAUCCAAAAACAACACUGUGUCUCAUGGUUGGAUAAGAUCUUCUUAUGUGUGUUCAACUCCACUACAAUAAUUGCACUUGCAUCAAUUAUUAAUUCUGUGAUAAGAAUCUAAUAUCCCACUCCAGGGAUUUCUCCAAAAGAGAGUUUUUCUUCAUUAGAGUGUCUUUUCAGCCCUGCUGGAACCUUCUGGUAUUUUCCUCUGCGGCACACAGUGCAGGCAGCAGAGAAAAGGCACAUCUAUUUUCUGACAAUAAAACUGGUAUUUAUAUCUGAAGAAA